UCAAAUAUAUUUUUGUUCCCGUCGUCUCCAUCUUUGCCCUUUACUUUUCAAAAAACAUUCGUCGGCAAAAAAAUUUCGGGGAGGAGAAUUCGAGCCCGCCGGAGGAGUCCCAGCGCUCGUAUUCAUAGGAUUUAUCCCAUCUCGAGUCGAGAAUAUAUCUGUACUUUCUCUGGGUUUGGUUUUUUUGUUGGUUCCGUUUUCUCGGGGAAAUUUCUGACCCAGAAGACUGUAAGUUGGCUUCUUCUUGACUUUGGGUUUAGGUUUACCGGGUAAAACUUUCUCACGCGGCAGAGAGAAAGCGUCGAGCUUGGAGCCUAGUUUCGCUCGGGUCACAUAUUAAGGGGAAGGGGAAUCGCAGGAAAUCUUGGUCUUUUUGGGUAGAAAUUUUAAAAUUCUUUAUCUUUGUUGAAUCCCGGGUCGAUUGAUGGUUUUCCAGGGAAAUCGUGGAUAGCGAGACACCACAGAAAUGGGGUCUUUGGAAUUAAGGUUUAAAGGCUUUGGCUGAGGUAGAUGGAAACAAGCGAAUGAAUGCGGGCUGUGUAAGAUUUUCUCAGAAAUUGCCGAUUUCUGCAGUUGAAAACGAGGGGCUUGGAUGUAGUUUCAGGUUCAGCGAGUAUGAGUUGCGAUAAGGCGCUCUCGAGCGAUGGAGGAGGAACGAAGAUGUCACAGAAUGGAUCAUUGGGAACUUCUCAAUUGUCAAUCGACGAGAGUUUGCUCGUCGAUCCAAAAAUGUUGUUCAUUGGGUCCAAAAUUGGGGAAGGGGCUCACGGAAAAGUUUAUCAAGGAAGGUACGGCAAUCAGAUUGUUGCUAUCAAAGUUCUCCACCGUGGAAACAAUCCAGAAGAAAAAUCUGCCCUUGAGAGCCGUUUCAUACGUGAAGUAAACAUGAUGUCUCGGGUGAAACACGAGAAUCUUGUCCAGUUUAUUGGAGCUUGUAAAGAUCCUCUGAUGGUAAUAGUAACUGAGCUGCUUCCGGGGAUGUCUCUCCGUAAAUAUCUGGUCAGCAUCCGCCCAAGGGUGUUGGAUAUACGUGUGGCCUUGAGUUUUGCUCUUGACAUUGCUCGGGCCAUGGACUGCCUACAUGCCAAUGGGAUCAUACACAGAGAUUUAAAACCUGACAACUUAUUGCUCACGGAGAAUCACAAAUCUGUGAAGCUUGCUGAUUUCGGACUUGCCAGGGAGGAAUCAGUGACGGAGAUGAUGACGGCAGAGACAGGGACUUAUCGGUGGAUGGCUCCAGAGCUCUACAGCACUGUGACACUGCGUCAAGGAGAGAAGAAGCAUUACAACAACAAAGUCGAUGUAUACAGCUUUGGGAUUGUGCUGUGGGAGCUUCUGACAAAUCGGAUGCCAUUUGAGGGGAUGUCUAACCUGCAAGCCGCUUAUGCUGCAGCUUUUAAGCAAGAGAGGCCGGCUAUGCCGGAGGGCAUAUCUCCAAAUAUGGCAUUCAUAGUUCAAUCAUGUUGGGUAGAGGACCCUAACAUGAGGCCGAGCUUCAGCCAGAUCAUCAGAAUGCUGAACGAGUUUCUCUUCACGCUGUCUUCUCCACCUCAGCCAAAUGUACCGGCGGCUCCUGAGCCUGAAAAGGCCUCAUCCCUUAGCAACGGUGCCAUCACCGAGUUCUCAAGCCGUGCCAAAAGCAAGUUUGCGUUUAUUCGCCAGCUUUUUGCGGCCAAGAGGAACAGAAACUCGGAAUAAAGAUACCAGGUUGUCUUUCUCUCUCUCUCUUUUUUAAUCCGUAAAGACAGACUUGGUCGGUCGGUUUGGCUGCUUCAUUUUUCUGGGUUUUGUGGGAGAAAACUGGGAAUGGUAUGGAGUACGAUCCUGAAUCACAUGCGGGGGAUAACGUAGGCGGUGUAGGAACGAAUACCCCCCCGCCAUUCGGUGAAUAAUAGAUACGGACAUGUAGAAGUAGAUUAGGAAGGCAAACUUGAUUCUGAAUGUCGGUUCUGUUCCAUGUAAGAAGAAUCUUUGAUCCAGAAAAAAAAGAAAAGGAAGCUGUUUCUUCUGAAA